AUGUGCUGCCGCUUCUGUCACCGCUGGCAACCGCUCUGUGCACUGGGGCUGUUGCUGCUGCUGCUGCCGCCCCUUGACCAACCCCCCUGGGGUUUGGCGGCGAGGGGCGGGGAUGGUGAGGGCACGCCACCUCAUCCUAUCAACUAUUCUCCACCCCCACCCCCGGUCCUUGUAUCUCCCCUGGCAGCAACUACAGCGGUCCCAGGCCGCUGUGACACCAUAUACCAGGGCUUUGCCGAGUGUCUCAUCCGCUUGGGGGACGGCAUGGGCCGCGGAGGUGAGCUGGAGAGCGUCUGCAGGUCUUGGAAUGAUUUCCACACCUGUGCUUCGCGAGUCCUGUUGGGCUGCCCUGAGGAGGCCGCUGCCGUGUGGGAGUCACUACAGCAAGAAGCUCGCCGGGCCCCACACCCAGAUAAUUUGCACACUCUGUGCGGCACCCCUGUACGCCUUCAGGAGCACGGGGCGGGCCCAGAGACCAACCAGGAGACGCUGCGGGCGACAGCGCCAGCACCCACUCGGGUCCCCGAGCCCCCUCUGCUGGCGGCUGCUUUGGCACUCGCCUGCCUCCUGGGUCCUCUGGCCUAGCCGGUCUGGCCGGGUAGCAGCGUGUCCCCCCACCCCGCCCCCCCUGCCCCCCCCCACCCGCCCCGUCUCGAAAGCGCUCGGCU